AGCCCAGCCCCGCCAGCCAGAAGCCCGACCGCCGCCGCCGCCGCGGCAGCCCCAGCCCCAGCCCCGGCCCCGGCCCCGGCCGCGAGGCGCCAGGACCCCGGGCAGCCCGAUCAGCCGCGCGCAGGACCCAGCGCCGGGUCAGACUGUCAGAUGGGAGAGCCCCGGCAGACCGGAUGAAGCCGGCGUGGGCACCAUGUCAUCAUGCGUCUCUAGCCAGUCCGCCCCCACCCCCUCGGAGAGGCCCGUGGCUCGGGAUGAGAACCCCAAACCCUGCGAGGCCCUUCACGGGCUCUCAUCGCUGAGCCUGCACCUGGGCAGCAUGGAGUCCUUCAUCGUAGUGACCGAGUGCGAGCCGGCCUGUACCCCUGGGGCCCAGGGCCAGGGCCAGCUGGAGGAGCAGAUGGAGCACGGCGGGGAGGAGGGGGAGAUCCUCCAGGCGCCCGCCGACCCCGGGCCCCAGGCCCGGCCCCACCUCUCCGGCCGCAAGCUGUCCCUGCAAGAGCGGUCCCAGGCCACCCCGUCCCCCGGAGGGAGCGGGAGUGUGAACGGCCGCUUUAUCUACCCCUCUCUUCCUUACUCUCCCGUCAGCUCACCCCAGUCCUCCCCGCGGCUCCCCCGCAGACCCACGGUGGAGUCCAGACACGUCUCUAUCACCGGAAUGCAGGACUGUGUACAGCUUAAUCAGUAUACGCUGAAAGAUGAGAUUGGGAAGGGUUCCUAUGGAGUGGUCAAGCUGGCUUACAAUGAAGACGACAAUACUUACUAUGCCAUGAAGGUGCUUUCCAAAAAGAAGCUGGUGCGGCAGGCGGGCUUCCCACGCCGUCCCCCACCCCGGGGCACCAAGCCCGCCUCAGAAGGCUGCAUCCAGCCCAAGGGCCCCAUUGAACAGGUCUACCAAGAGAUUGCUAUUCUCAAGAAGCUGGACCAUCCCAAUGUGGUGAAGCUGGUGGAGGUCCUGGAUGACCCGAAUGAGGACCAUCUGUACAUGGUGUUUGAACUGGUCAAUCAGGGGCCUGUAAUGGAAGUACCAACAGUCAAGCCACUGACUGAGGACCAGGCCCGAUUCUACUUCCAAGAUCUGAUCAAAGGCAUUGAAUACUUGCAUUACCAGAAGAUCAUCCACCGGGACAUCAAACCUUCCAACCUCCUGGUUGGAGAGGACGGGCACAUCAAGAUCGCCGACUUCGGCGUGAGCAAUGAAUUCAAGGGCACCGAUGCCCUCCUCACCAACACCGUGGGCACACCCGCCUUCAUGGCCCCUGAAACGCUGUCUGAGACCCGAAAGAUCUUCUCUGGGAAGGCUUUGGACGUGUGGGCCAUGGGAGUGACUCUCUACUGCUUUGUCUUUGGCCAGUGUCCAUUUAUGGAUGAACGGAUCUUGUCUUUGCAUAGUAAGAUCAAGAGCCAGGCCCUGGAGUUCCCAGACCAACCUGAUAUUGCUGAUGAUCUUAAGGACCUGAUUGUGCGCAUGUUGGACAAGAACCCCGAGUCCAGGAUCAUCGUCCCAGAAAUCAAGCUACACCCCUGGGUCACGAGGCAUGGGGCGGAGCCGCUGCCAACGGAGGAUGAGAACUGCACUUUGGUGGAGGUGACGGAAGAGGAGGUGGAGAACUCCGUCAAACACAUCCCCAGCCUGGCGACCGUGAUCCUGGUGAAGACCAUGAUCCGCAAACGAUCUUUUGGGAACCCUUUUGAGGGCAGCCGGCGGGAAGAACGCUCCUUGUCUGCCCCUGGAAACCUGCUCACAAAAAAAAACAAACAGGGGGAUGUGAGCCCUUCCUGGAGUCCAAGCAGGAAGCAAAGCAGCGAAGACAGCCUCAGGUGCACCGACCUGCCCCAUGUCGGGGAGGAGGAGGUGAUCUGGUGAAAACGGCCACCCUAGUGGGAGCGCGGGUCCCCGACCGCCUGAUGGAUAACGGGCACCGGCCGCUGCCUCCGCCGGGAGAAGAAGCUAUGGAGCCUGAAUAACGUUAGCUAGGCACGUCCACGGACCGGCCUGCUCGUCUGCACGGGGCCCCCCCGCGCCGCCAACACACCCUGUCUCCAUAGCCGCAUGUCCUACUGAAACUGACCACUUGUGUAAAAGCGUCGCCCGUCAUCUCCGGUUGUUUCUUUUCAGUUGUCGUUUUAAGGGGUGGGGGGCGGGGGGAGGCACGGCAUCUACUCCACGACUCAGACAUUGGCCUUCGGCGGGCAGGAGGGCCAAGGGAGAGGAGCUGCAGGCUCCCCAACCUGACACCGGGGGGCUGGGGGGUGGGGGUGGAUGAGGUGUUUCCUUCGGUCGGACAGUUUCGAUGCCAAAUAUUUCAAGUCGCGUCAAAUGGACCACACCGCAGAGGGCGGUGAGGGCCAUGCUUUCGCAAGGCUGGCAGAGGGAACAGCAAAGGCGGAUGGUCUGGGGGAUGCCACCGCCUGGGGAACCUGGACUCAACUCCUCUCCCAAAGGGCUUCGGGCGGAGGCUGAAUAGCCCGCGUGAGUCUCAUUCAUCCCAAGGACUUUUGUUUGCCUUCGCCUCUCUCCCUCACUGGUGAAGGAUAUUCCUUAUUUUGGGGGGGAAACCCCAAAACUUUUGGACAUAUGAUGACCUUAGGAAAAACAAAUUUCCGAAAGGGUUCCAAACUCCACCUGAGUGGUUUAAGGGGGGGUGGGAUAGGGGAGGGGGAACGUCUGCAGCAGGACUGGAGGGCGUGGUCCCUUGGGGUGGGGCGGGGCUCAAUCUGUUGCUUUUAGUCAGCUUUCAAAGGGCAUCAGGGACCUUGCAUUUCGGAAAUAGAUUACUGAGCUAAUAGGUUUAUUACUGUUAACUUUAAAAUUCAGGGUGAAAUCCAACACUUCCAUGUACAUUACAUGGCUUAAGAUUUUUAAUUAUUUGAAUAGGUUAGAAUUUAGAGUUCAAAAAUGAUCUAGACAUCAGCUUAGUGGUUUUCAAAAAAAAAAAAGCGCUCUCUUUAGAGCUUCCUACUGGGGAUGGGGGCUUUUAGAACUGCUGGGAAGGUGUCUCCCUCUGACUCCCUCUCUAGCAUCUUCGCUUGUAUACCCGGGAGGUCGCUGAUGUCUUGUUCCCACCUUCUAUACUAGCUGGCUAUAUAGCUGGUGAGUUACCACAGCUCACUUCUGGGGGGGCUGGGUAGGAAGUUUCCUCUCAGCAGUCAUGAAACCUUCACGGGAAGCCAUGGGGUCACUUUUGCUCUACUCGUGGAGGAGAUUGUACAUACCUGGAACAGCCCCCCAGGUGACAGGUGAGACAGGUCUCGGCUGUCACAUUGAGAUGUUCUUCCUGGUGGUGGGAAAUCAGGAUAAUUUCCAUUUUCUCUUUCCACCAAGAGCAUGACUAUGCAUUCUUUUUUAGCUUGGAAUCUGCUUCCUGCCAGAGACAGGUUGGUUCCAUCUGAAGCCCCAGUGGAAGGGGAAUUAGCAAGGUUCCACCUUUGUUUCUUGGCUUCAAAGCACACCUUUCUUAUACAUUUUGAGAGUUUGAUAGGGUGGAGUCGUUCAGGUGCCUGGGGUCACUUUCUUGGGGAUACUUUUCAUUCUAGAUUGAGUGGCUCAAUAGCCACAGAGAUAGACUGGGCCUGGUGCCCUCCUCACCUCCUCCUCCUCCUCUUCCUCCUUGGGCUCCAUCCUUUUUUCCCUUGAGUAUUGCUUAGACAGGAUGUCCUAGCACAAGAAAUGCAGCAGCAUGGGAGACUAGGUCAGGAAAGCCUAGGGCUGAGUCAGACUGCUCACCAUUCUGACAUCGGAACAUUAACUCUGUUUCCUGAUUGUUCUUGAUCACAGAAUACUCCCUCCUCCAGCACAUUUUAAAAUGUAUGACAAAUUCCUGCACAAAUCAGAUCCAUCCCUUCUUGUUGCUAAGUGGUUAAGAAGCACCUCUUGAAAGUGGUAACUGUUGGGGCAGCUAGGUGGCGCAGUGGAUAGAGCCCUGGAGUCAGGAGUAUCUGAGUUCAAAUCCGGCCUCAGACACUUAACACUAGCUGUGUGACCCUGGGCAAGUCACUUAACCCCAAUUGCCUCACUAAAAUAAAAAACAAACAAAAACAAACAAACAAAAAAGAAAGUGGUAACUGUUAACUGUAGUCUUAGUCCCAGUGUGUGUGAGAUGGCCAAGCAGUACAUGGACAUUGUACCAAAUCUCCCUCGUGUUUACACAACUGCAUUGGGCAGUGCCACAGCUUUUCCCAUUUUCAGGGGUCUGGGCCUCACUGCAGUUUCUGAUGUCUGUGCUGCGGGUCAGCCAAAGAUCAGGGAUUUAGAGCUAAAAGGGACCUUAGAGGUCAUCCAGUCCAACUCCCUUGCCUUUAUUUUACAGAUGAGGAAACUGAGGUUAGAGACUGGGCAGAGGUCACACGGAUGGUAAGUUGUCAGGACCAGGGUUCAAACCCAGAGCCUGUGACUUCAGAUUCAUAACUUUAUCCAGGUCAGUCCCACACAAGUGGUUUUCAUGGAUACCACAGGCAAGGGGCACUUGAGGAUUACAACCUUCCUUUGGCACAAACUCUUUGGAGUUCAGGCCUUUAAAAAAAAACAAAGCACAGUUAUUAAGGAAGAUAGAGUGACCACUGAGCACAAGUCCAAACAACAAUUGAGUAAAUGCAAGCAUGGAAGAAAAAGGGACUCGAUCUUUCCCACCCCCUGCUUUGAAGGGGGACAGAGAAAAGGGGUGUAGGUUCAAAUCCUAGUUCUGUCCUGUAUGGCCUGGGUAAUAACUGGGCCAUCACCUCUCUGGACCUCAGUUCCCUCGUGUAUAAAAUUUGGGGGGCGGCAAGGCCCCUUUCCAGCUUCUAAAUCAGUGAUCCCAGAGCCUCUGUUCAUCACUCUGCCAACCUUCUGUCUUUGGGGUUAGAGUUUGGUGGAGGCAGCUUGUGUAUGUAUGAGUAGAAGGGUGAGGGAUGGGGGGAAGAGCCUCCAGGUUGGCAUCAGAGGCUAGAAGCUCUGAUCACCUCAUGCGCCUCUUUUCUUUCUCUCUCUCUCUCUCUCUCUCUCUCUCUCUCUCUCUCUCUCUCUCUCUCUCUCUCUCUCUCUCUCUCUCCCCCCCUUUCUCUCUCUCUCUCUCUCUCUCUCUCUCCCCCCCCCUUCAUUUUUCCUUUGAGUGGCAAUGUGUGGGCCAUGCAGAUCCCCGAUAUUAGCAUACAAGGUGUGUGACUCUCCCUCCCUAGGUUAGGAUUGCUCCUCUCAAUUUUUCAGUGGCAGUGAGCAUAGUACUUGUUCCUUUAAAUGUUAGAGAGCUAUGAUCUCCACGGGUCUCCAGAAAUACCAUGGAAAAGAAAGAGGUUGAUUCGGUCUUUGGCUCAGUCUUCUCUGUGGUUCACUGGAUGUGACAGGUUUGGAGCGAUUGCUGCUGCCUUUUGGAUUCUGUGGUUUAUUUCAUGCCCGAUGCUUGGUGUUCAUUCCUAGUCCUUUUUACUAUGCAUUUUCCUUUUAUCAGGUGUACAAAGUUAAAUACUGUGUAUUUAUCACUUAAAUUACAUGAACUUAAGAGAAAACAAAACUUUGGUGUUUUUCCACAGAUGUUGAAGCUUCUCUGUAAACUUGAAUAAACAGAUAGUGAAAUGGU